GAGCAGGAAACGGCGAACCAAAUGUUGGAGGAAAAGAUGGCUGAGCUAAAGAAGAAAAUUAUCGGUGAACUGGAGAAUGUGGAGCAUGUAUGCAUCACUGCAGAUUGCUGGACUGCUCAUCGAAGGUCAUUCUUGGGAGUUACCUGCAAUUUUUUGGAAGGCUAUGAAAGAAAAUCCUUUGCGUUGGCCUGCAAAAGAGUGAAAGGUUCGCACACCCAUGAUGUCCUAGCCACGCAGCUCGACUCCAUCCUGAGAGAGUACAAGAUCCAGAACAAAGUUGUUCGCAUUGACUGCAGAGGCAGCAUUGAUGGACACGCCAGUCCAAUCCCCAACCAAGUGCUCAGCUGAACUGGCCGACUUCAUCAUUUAUGAAGAAGUUACCGGCACCCCUGAGACAACUACCUUCCUGAUGUCUGGAUUGUCGCAGAAUGUCAGUGAACUGGACAAAUAGCCCACGAUCAAACAACUCUAUCUGCG